ACAGACAGACAAACAGACAGACAGACACGCAGCACACACAUUCGUCACGCACCAAUCGCGGUCUGAGUUCGAGCCGGAUAGAGCGGCUGGCAUCAGGAACAGACUUGACUGCUCGAAGCACAUGUCCGCCUCGCACUCCCCUCUGACCCCCCCGUCCGAGGGCGGCUCCCUCGACACCUUGGAUUCCUCCCUGGCGGGUGCCUCUGCGAAGGGGGCACUCUUCUCCCGGCACCUGGCUGCUCUGGCCGAAUGCGAGUCUGCGGCUCGGGCACUCACGCCGGAUGCCGAUCUCCAGGAAUGGCUGACUACGGCGCGGGCCGCGGCCUUGGCCGCCGCCACCGAUGCCCGGGGCGCCCUGACAUCCUCCCCCCAGGCCGGGGGUCCAUCCAGCGAGCUGCUGGCCCUGCGAGCAAGCCUGUUCGAGCCGCUGGCCGCGCGGCUGCUGCGGCUGCUCUACGGCCUGGAGGCCGGCACCGAGCCCGAUGGGCCCCGCGUGGCACUGAUCCCCCUGGCGGCGGAGUCCCCUGGCGAGGGUGACAUCCUGCGCUUUCUGGCCAUUUGCCCCUAUCGCACCCUGCGCCUGUGUUCCAACUUGCUGGCCUCCUUCUCGCUCGGCGGGUCGGGCCCCGGGCCGGCCGCCAUGCGCUUUGCCCAUGGCCUCGUGCGGGUCUUGCGCGGGGCGGUCUUCCCGGGCCCCGGUGCCCUGGUCGCCCUGCUGGAGGAGAUGGCCCGGCCGGAUGCCGCCGAGUUCACCGCCUUCCAUGUUGACGGCGUCACGGCGGACCCCGCGCCGGUGCCUCUUGCCCAGCUGACCGCCGGCUUCCAGGCCGUGGCCACCAUUCCCGACCGGCUGUUGCGCCUCUUCCCGGCCGGGGUGGACGACUUCUUUUGGCCGGACCACUUCUACCAAUACCUGAGCUCGGAGAUUGCCCGGGCUUCGGUGGCCGGGGCUCUUGCCACUGCCCCGGCACACUACCUGGCGGGAUUCCUGCUGGCCGGGCUGCUUCAACGUGGGGCCGCCCUUCCCGGCGGUGACGCCAUGCCCGAGAUCCUGCCGACGGGGCUGUCGCCGGCCGAGCAGCACGCCAUCCGGCGCCUCUUCCAGCAUGGGCCGCCGUCCACCUUCCGGGGGAACCCCUGUCUCGGGGCCGCGGUGGCCGGGGCCGCGGUGGCCCUCCUGUCACCGGGCCCCGGGCCCCAUGCUUCUGGGGGCUGCCUCUGGCGCGGCAUGGCUGCCCACCCCUCGGCCCGGACCCCCGGGUCGCCACACCACCAGUGGCUGCGUGCCUGCUUGGAACUGGCCGGGGCCAUGUUGACUGGUGCCGGGGACUUCUGGCCGGUGGCUGGCCAGCCGGCCGGCUCGCUGGUAUGGCUGCUCACCGGCCAGGCACCGGAGGCCGCUCCUCUGGCUGCGCCGCCUGCUGCCGCUGCUGCCACGGCUGCCGGGCCAGCCCUGCUGGCUGCCUAUUUGGCCGUGCUGGACCGCCUGGACAUUCGCCAGGCACUGCUGGGAAAGGGCCCACACCUGGCGGCCCCCUUCUCGGGCUUGCGCCCGGCCGUCGCCUUUCUCGGGGAGAACUUGCUCCCCGCCUCGACCAAGGACUGGACACUUAUCGGGAUUCUCCCGGCGCUGGGCUUCGCCGCGGCCGUCGGGCUGGCCGCGCGCGGCACGGCGGAUCUCCUGCGCACGGAGCUGGCCUACUUGAUGCCGGCAUGGGCCCGUCUUUGUCGCGCCGGCGAGCCGGCACAAACCCUCGUGCUCGGCUGUGCGAUGCUCCUCAUGCUGGCCUUCGCCACCGGGCCACCGGGCAAGUGCCCGGCGAAUGCCCGGACACUGGGUGGUCUGGCUUCCGGCCGGCCGGCCCUGCUGGACCACUCGCAAGUGAUCGACGCCCUGUCGCCGUGUGUGGAUGCCCUGAGCGUCGGGGCGGCAAGCCUGUCGGACUCGAUGCGGUGCUUUGGCCUGGCUUGCGUUGAGGAGGUGGUCCGGUUCCUGGCCAAUGCCGGCGACGCCGGCGUCGAGCUGUCCGUGGACUUCGAGCUGCCGAAUGGCGAUCCCUUUGUUCGGGUGGCGCGCUUGCUGGCCGGACUUCGGCCAGCCACGCUGGACACCGUGCCGGCCUUUGGCCAGGGUCUGUGCCGGGAGCUUCUGCUUGUCUCGGGCCCCGCGCACGGGGUGGCCCCGUGCGAGGGACUGGCGGCGCUGCGCCGCACGGCACACCAGCCACCGCCGAGCCCCGGGCCGGCCCCAGGCCUCGCCACUGCCGAGGCCGCGGGCGGCCCCACCGGCCAACCGGACCCGGACCCGGACCCGGAGGAGGACGAUGUGUUUGCCUCGUACGCCGCGCCGGCCGGCGCUCGGGCAGCCCCCCCCACCGGCCAGCGCAUCCUCCACUUGGCCCAGUGCUCCGACGUGCUGGCCACCCUGGCGGCCUUCUCCCAAACGUCGGGCGCCGGGGCGGCGGCCGCUCGGCGUGGACCGGUGCUGGAACGCGUGCGCCCGGGCGAUGAUGACGACCCGGCCGGGCCCGGGGACCUGGGCACCGGCGGCGGCCCGGCCGAGGGGGAGGACCCCUGGCAAGACCCGGGGUAUGUGGCCGGCCGGGCACGGGCCGCCCUGGAAGCGGUGGCCCGCAUCGCCGGGAGCUUCCCCCCGGGCGGGGGCCCCGGCUUCCAGGCGACCACGGCCCGAGGCCUGGCCCGGCAGGUGGCUCUCCUGUCGGACAGCUACGGCACCGGGGCCCUGCUGGCGGCCGAGGCAGUGCGCAACCGGCCGGCCGGCGCCCGUGCUCCCUCCUCGGCCGAGGUGGCCCUGCUGGCGGAUGCCCUUUUCGAGGGGCUCCAAGCCCGGGCGCUGGUGGCCCUGGUGGUGGCCUGGCCCACGGCCGCCGGGGCCGAUGGGCUCCUCUGGGAUGUGGCCCUGGCCGGGGGGCCGUCGCAUGCCGGGGCCCCGGUGCGCAUUGGCCAUGAGGCCCGCGUGCGGGCCCUCAACGCCACCCUGCAGGCGGUGGCCCUGCUGGCCGGCUCGGCGGACUCGCCGCCGGGCAUGGGCCUCCCCGGGGCGGGCCCGCCCCCGGGCCCGGGCCCCGCCCUGCCGAAGGGCACGGUGUGGCGCUCAAGUCGCCUGGAUGGCCCCCGGUCGGGGCCUCUGGCGGCCGGGCGCACCCGGCGCCGGCAUUUCGCGGCCCUCGGCCCGCGGCUCCUGCGGCCGCUGCUGCUUCUUUUCUCCUCCACCGGGCCCCUGGCCGGGGGGGAUCCGGCGCCGAUGCCCGGCCCCGAUGGCCGCCCCUCCGGGCCCCGGCGGGAGGUCCUCGGCGACACGCCCGACCCCCUGGCCCGAGCCCUGCGCAUUGUGGGCGAGGACGCCGGCCGCGCGCCCGGGCCCGCCGCCUCCACCCCCCUGACCAUGCUGGGCGCCGGUGUCGGUGCCGGUCCCCCGUGGCUCCACUCGCCGAUGGUGGCCGCCGCGGCAUUGACCCUGGCCGCGGCGCUCACACACGCCUGGGCCGCCGAGGAGCUGGCCGACGCGUCGUCAGGGGCCUUUGCCCUGCUGGAGCUGGCCCAACACUCGGUGCUCCCGGCGCUGGAUGCCCCUGCUGGUGGCCCGGCCGCCGACCGGCUGCGGCCCUGGGCCGACCAGCUGCGCGCCGCCCUGCUGGACUGCCUCCAGGCCGCCGGCCAUUGCAUUGCGCAGGGCGCCCGGGCCGCCGGGCCGGGGUCGCUGCUUCCGGAUGUCGAGGCCCUGGCCGGGUCCCUGCGCGAUGAUGCCCUGGCCGGGCUGGGGCUCGGGCGUUUCCUCCUGGACGCCGGGGCCGCCCUGACCGGCCAGCCGGCCGUCCCCGGGGCCGGGCUCAUCACGGCCACCGUCCGUCAGACGCAUGCCGAGGAGCGUCGCAUCGCCGGCGUCGAGGCCCUGCGUGACUGGUGCAUCCGCUUGGCCGACUCCCCGGAUCACUCGAACUCCCAACGGAGUGCGGCGGCCGCUGCCGCCCUCGCUCUGGACGCUGCGUGGAAGGCGCUUUGCGGUCUCGAGCUCGAGGAUUACCACCACCAGUAGCCGUUCAGAUGCCGGGCGAUCGGCGCCAGUGGCUGGCCAUCCGAUCGUCCCCCCGCCCCCCCCGCAUACACACCCCUCCUUGUCCCUACGCCCCCAGACACACGCCAAACCCCCCCCCCCCGCCCACCCGCCCCCCCCCCGGGGCCCGGGGGCGCCUGUCCGGGUGGGGGGGGGGG